CCCUCGCCGCCAGGGUCGCGCCGGGGCAGAGCCGCGCGGGCGCCGGCCCGGGAGCUGCGGUCCCCGCUGUGCACCGAGCUCACGCCCGCGGCCACUUUGUUGCCCAUUCACGCCGGCACCAUGCACACCCCGGGCUCCGCGGGCUCGGACGAGGCGCGCGCGGUGGACAUCAUGGAUAUCUGUGAGUCCAUCCUGGAGAGGAAGCGGCACGACAGUGAGAGGUCUGCAUGUAGCAUCUUGGAGCAGAUGGACAUCGAAGCUGUUGAGGCUCUUGUGUGCAUGAGCUCCUGGGGUCAGAGAGCCCAGAAAGGGGACCAGCUGAAGAUAAGACCCCUCACACCCGUCUCUGACUCUGGAGAUGUGCCUGCCACUGUGCUUGUGGACACAGCUGCACCUGAGCUACCAAAGGACUUGCAUUCUUUCUCAACUCUGUGCAUGACCCCUCCUCAGAGCCCGGAUCUCAUGGAGCCACCACCAGGGGCACCUGUUCCUCCCCAGCUGACCCAUUCCAAAGCACCCAUGGAUGUGCCCCCCAUCUUGGCAGCCAGAGCACUGGAUUGGAGGGCAGAGCAAGGCUCACCAGAACUGAAGCCCGAGCUGCCGGAGCCGGCCCCCAGCCGCCCCUGCAGGGCUGUGGUGACAAGUGUGAUCCGCCACACCAGGGAGAGUCCUGCUCCUGCUGGCUCUCCUGCUGUGCAGUCCGGAGAAGAAUGGGCAGCCAAGAUCAGAGGGGGAGAGGCAUGGUUUCCCGGCCUGUUUGAAGCCCCGCAGGAUGUGCGCCUCCAGGACAGUUUCCUCCUCGCCAGCUUGGCUUCCUGCCAGCCUUGCUCGAACAAGUCGGGUGACCCUCUCCCCAUGGGCAAAGGCCAGCAGCCAGGGUGGCCUGCUGCCCUGCAGGCCUGCUUACCAAAGAGUCCUGAUAGUGACCUGCCAAGGAAGAGCAGUUCCCUCCCCAGCCCUCUGAUCUCCAUCCCUGUCUCCAGCCCCCCUGUUCUCUGCCAGAUGAUCCCUGUGCCUGGGCAGGGCGGGGUGUUGCCAGCUUUUCUGAAGACCCCUCCUGUGUUGUCUUCCGGGCCUGGGAAACCCUUCCUAUCCCAAGCUGCACCCUUGCCCCAGCCAGUGUUUGUGGGCCCACCCGUGCCCAUGCCUCAGGGAGCUGUGAUGCUGGUUCUGCCGCAGGCCCCCCUACCCCUACCAGCCAGCUCCCCGCCUGGCGUUGUAGCUGUGGGCAGCACCAAGCUGCUGCCCCUCGCCCCUGCGCCUGUGUUCAUUGCCUCCAGCCAAAGCUGCACCCCUCAGGUCGACUUCUGCCGGAGGAGGAACUACAUGUGCGACUUCCCAGGCUGCCGGAAGACCUACUUCAAGAGCUCCCACCUCAAGGCUCACCUGCGCACUCACACGGGGGAGAAGCCUUUCAACUGCAGCUGGGACGGCUGCGACAAGAAGUUCGCGCGCUCUGACGAACUGUCGCGUCACCGCCGCACGCACACAGGGGAGAAGAAGUUCGCGUGCCCCGUGUGCGAGCGGCGCUUCAUGCGCAGCGACCACCUGACGAAGCACGCACGGCGCCACAUGAGUGCCAAGAAGGUCCCGGGCUGGCAGGCAGAGGUGGGCAAGCUGCAUGAGAGCGCAGCGGCCGAGAGCCCGGCCCGACCGGCCCCACUCAUGCCUGCGCCUGGGCCCGCCUCGCCCUGACCCUGCCCUGAGCCCGCGGGCCGGCGGCAAGGAAGCCGGGCUCCUCCUGGACCGCGCUGGGGAGGGCUGUUCACUGCUUUCUGUUUGGGACCCUGUUCUAUCUUUUGCAGUUUCACAGGUUUCUUUUUGUUUAAGGGAAUGGAAAAAUUGAUAAGCUAAAUCACCAGCAUUCAAACAACCAUUUUGGCAGUAAAGUUUACAAAAUCUGGA